AUGCUGUCGAUCCAUUGGCACGGCCUCCAAUCUGUGAUGAAUCGCCAGGCAUCUCACCUGCGACACCAAAGCUCAGCUAUCACGAACUGCUCUUCUCAUCCCAUUAUCACUAGCUUAUCGCAACGCAUAUGUCUUGCAGGAACGGCUCCAACACCCCGUUUGGCUUACACUGAACACAUGUUCACAUCUGGCGCACUGGCCGCCACUCCAGCACCGGCUUUCGUCGGCUAUUUCGUGACGCUGUUGCCAGUUGUGUCGCUGCUGGAAACCACGUCAGAAUGCAGGCCGUACCUCAAGAAUAUAAACGUUGUCAACGUCGUCAACGUAUCGAGGAUGAAUUCAAAUACCUCUUGCAAUCAUUGCCAGCGCAAAAUUGUACACGUGUAUGCACUCGAAAGGUGGUGGAACGAGCGAGACCCAGAGAACCCUGACCAGACCAGAGGGCAUCGAUUCUUGGAUGAAACGCCUCCAGCGCCCUAUCGAACCUUCCAGGUCAGGUAUCAAAAUGUCUUUACUGGCGAACAGUCCUGCCGCCGUGUCCUUAGCUUGCUUCUCGAACAAGGCUAUCCUCAUCUCAUUGACCGCUUUUACCGCGCAGAUAUUAAUGACAGAUACCUUAUGCGCAGCGAAGAUGAUCACCGUCUCCGCGAAAGCUUACUUGAAGUUCACUCGCGAAAGGAAGUGGAUUGUAUCAUCCAAGACUUCCACAGAGCCAAAUGGGCAUACUGUCCGUUGUAUUUGACCUUAGACAUGGACGUCAACCUACAUGGAACAAAGGUCAUAAUACCUUUCUGUAACAAGAUUAAGCUUUCAGACAAAGGGGGGACUGCUUCAAUAUACUGGGUGGCCGUGCAAAAAGAUCUCGUUACAGACACCGCCCUAACAGAUGCUCUACAAAAGUCACUUUACUGGGACGAUGAGUUUGGAGAGUGUUAUCAGAUGGUUCUCAAGUCGUAUUGUGGAAACAAAAAGAGAGAUUUCGAGCUAGAAAAGGAAGCCUUCUCUGGCCUCGACUCGAAGAAAGGCGUGCCGAUAUUACAAUGUCUGGGUUCCUACACUCAUGAUUAUGGUGAAGGCAAAGAUAUGGGAAAGACCUAUAACCUGUUGCUAGAGUAUGGGGAUCAUGAUCUUUACCAGGCAUGGGCGGAUGAGACCAAUGUUCCUCCCGUGAGAGCUCAGGAGAUUCUCCGAACAUGGGACUCACUCUUCGAAAUUGCCAAGGCUAUUCGUCACAUACACAAUCUUGAAGUUCCACGAGGUGGUAAGAGUGAACCACGGAGAUUCCAUGGCUGGCACGCAGACAUUAAGCCCGAUAACAUUCUCAGCAUACGAAAGAAGUUGAAACUAGCGGAUUUCGGGUUUUCGAGUUUUGCUCCAGUCAUUGAGGGACAUGAUGGCUCAGUCCCAACAGAACUGAUUAGGGGGUUCACUGAUACUUACGGCGCUCCUGAAGUAUUCCGUAUGAGAAACCCAGAUGGAACUUCUUCAGGUGUCUCCCAGUCAAUCGACACCUGGUCAUUCGGCUGUGUACUAUCCGUGGCUGCAACCUGGAUAGUUUUAGGGUUCCAGGGAAUACGCCAAUAUGAACAACUCCGACAACUUGCUCCUGCGAACUGCCAAAACGGAGAAAUCUACGAUCGAUUUCACGACGGCUUCAAUGUUCUUCCGGAGAUAAGGAAAUGGCAUGAUUACCUUAGAGGGCACCUCCGCCCUUCAGACACUACCACAGAGCUAGUGUUAGCUUUGAUAGAGGAUGAGCUACUUCAGGCAGACUUGAAGAAGAGGCCUGACUCUGAGGAACUUUGCAAAAAGCUACAAGAAAUACACACUUCGGCAGAGAAAGGAAUUUCAUGUCUGAAAGGACACUCAAAAGAGACUGACGCUGUAGUGCUCAAGGCACUUUCCGAGAUUGAAGAUAAAGCUCGAAUCCAAAGGGGCUCAGAAAUGAAGUCGAAAUCCUUUCUACAGGUACUCAUACCAGCAAGCGCUAGUCAGAUCAAUCCUCGACAGUGGGCAUCGAUGCAGAUCCGCAAAGAGGAUAUCAUCAAGAGCAAACCUCUGAGUCAAACGCCUUACCGCAAGGAUAUCCUGAGGCAAGAACUAGGAGCAAGGAGCAGCAGUCUCUCUGAAAACAAAGAACAUAUGCUUGACGUUCACAAUGGCGCAGUCACUGAGAGUCCUGGCGAUGACGCGGAUCUGUAUGAGAUACCAUUUACUGGUCGCUCUAAGAAGCCCAGAAAUUCUGAUCUACAGGGGAUUGACCGGCAAAAGUCCGGCACACAAAGCAAUAAGACAGACAGUGAACCUGAUAGCCCAAUAGCCACUCCGUCAACACCAACGUCAACUCAGCGGCGGAACAAGAUUCACGAACAAAACACAUUUGUUCUUGACGUAACUGCACCUACAACGGAGCCCUUUCGUGCACACGGCAAUCUGAAUUCACGCCAAUCAGACAGAGUGAUGGAAGAGACAUGUGAAACCGCUUCGAAAGGGCUUUCUAGUUCGACUGGCAAAUUAGCGUCAACUGUGUCUCCACUUCCGCAGAUCAAUACGCAUAUGGCUCCUCAAUUUCCAUCUUACAUCCUUCAAUUAAAGGCUCCUCGUAACACUGAGCAUUUGGAACUAUCACCUCUAGAACAACAUUCGCAGACGUAUGGUAACAUGCAGAGCACCGUCCCAAGACCGACAACUUCGAGCACUACAAACUCUGCUUAUGCCGACAAACAGGUGUACGAGCCAACAAGCACCUCAACGCUUCGCGCAAAUGACGUCAGGAGCUUCGGUGCAACAUACCCCUUAAAUUUUUUCACCUCUCAUACGACGAAUGAGCACACGAGGGCGCGUUAUCCGAGUGAACAUUCUGACAGAAAUCACGCUGCGAGAAGUCCACGUACAACUAUGUCGCAUGAGACGGUAGACUUCGUUCGAGAACCUCCAACAUCCGUACUGAACCUACCAUACAGCAUAUGUGUCAGAAGAAGAAGACUAGAAAACGAAAAGCAGAGGGGGUUUGCAAAGAUAGCAAGCAAAAUGGGUAAAGAGACUAGGAAGCCAGAUCCUACACUAAAGGACAUGCUCAAAGAUCGUCGUGAACUGAUCUUUGUCAUUGAUAACGGCUGGACGAUGUUCGACCACUGGCCAAUCCUGACCUUUGUCGUCGAAACACUUGCAAUGAACGCUGCAGGUAUCGACAAGACUGGCAUCGACCUUCGCUUCACCGUAGAGGGAUCUCGGCAUAAUGUAAACGAUAUUGUAGGAGAUUACGGGCGGAGGAUGCUAAAAGAAAGGUUACGAGCAGCCUGGCCCGAACCCAAGCCAAAGCCCAGCGCAACAACCGACAUGACCGCCAUCCUCGAAAACAUCUACAAAGAAUGGCACCGCAACCGCCGGCCAGCAACAACCCUCUACGUCUUCACCGACGGCAAAUGGUUCACCGAAAGUCUCACCACCGUCCACCUCGUCGCCCAAAACCCAAACUCCCCCCACGAAAUCAUCCGCAACCCGCCCCCUCUUCACAGAGCCAUCAUGGCCUUCGCCGAACAUGAUCGCAGUAGUACAGGCAAUCGCCACUUCAGCAUCCAAUUCAUCCGCUUCGGCGACGACCCCACCGACAAAGAGCACCUCCGAUGGCUUGACGACCACCUCUGCGAGAGUCACAGGCUCAGAGAUAUCAUCGACCACUGCUCUUGGCGAGCUCCGGUUGACAUGAUAUUCAAAGGCAGCAUCGAAGCCUACUUCGGCGAGAAAGAAUUCGAUGAACCUCCCAUCAUGUACGAAUACAAGGUGCUAGUGGAAAAGUUCGACAGAUUCAACAGGGGCGAAGAGUAUCAAGAGAGUGUUGAAGACGCUACACGCUCAUCAUUCUCUUUUGGAUCCUCGUCUCCCACUCAGCCGCCGUCAUACAUUUCGAGCUCCGGGUCUGCUCCCAAAUAUACAAAACCAAGACUAGGAUUGGCGGAGACACCAAGGUCUCAGACUAAGCGCUUUUCGAUGCUUUCCUAA